AUGCGACAUCGCGACAUCAUAUGGCUGCAAUGCGACCCUGCCGUUGACUGGCAGUUGGCUGGGCACUCAAAAGCUCAGCCUCACAACGCGACUGGCUACGAUGCUUCGGCGAACCAAAUGUCGGUGCCGCCGCUGUGGUAUAUGCCAGGAUACUUGAUCUGA